UAUUGGGCAAAGAAAGGUGACAAACCCACCGAGGAGGGUUCGAUCCUGAGCCGCACCCCGGUUUUCAUUCGGCUGUUACUUCAGCGAGGCAUCUCGUGUGGAGGCAGUACGGUUUCCGGGGGAACACCGUAACCAAGUCUGACUAACCCAGCGUGGGCCCGGUUAAGACAAGGUAGUCUGGGCAGAUCUUGGCUAGGGCCACCGUUUAGGCGGUGUAACAUUAACAUUCCUAUAUAAAAAGACAGAAUAGUUGACGCCGUUCUAAAUUUUUGACUUGACCCACUCUUUAAUGCAUAUAUGGUUGGACCACUAAACAUAAACACCAUUUUCUUCAUUUCAUUCAUUAGUGCCACUAGUGACACUUGAUUAGGUUGUAUCUUAGAUACUUCCCUUUCAUUUCCUACUUCCUUCACCACCCAAAAUACAUUCACUUUAUAUACAAAUACAAUCUUCAUUGUGGCUUAAAAUUUGUAUAAUCCCUCAUAAAGUUAAUAGCUUCUCAUCAUUCUUUAAAUUUGAUUUGGAAGUUAUAAGUUUUUGGUAUGAAGAUAUUCAUGGGGAAGAAUGGUGGGAAAGGAGGAUAUAAGCAUACAUUUGUUACCAAGAUUCUUAUGAAAACAAUGAAACAUUGCAUGUUAGAUAGAUUUCGAUACAUUGAAUUCGAUUUUGAACAUAUGUGGGAGAAGAAAGUGGUACCAAAAGACGUAAAGGAAGGACAGUUUGCAGUUGUUGCGGUUAAGUGUGAGGAACCAAAGAGGUUUGUGGUUGAGUUAAGAUGCUUAACUAACCCUGGUUUCUUGACGUUGUUAAAGAAGGCGGGCGAAGAAUACGGGUUUAAACAUGAUGGUGCCAUUGCGAUCCCUUGUGAACCUCAUGAGUUGCAAAAGAUUUUACUAGAAAUGGAAGAGAAGUAGGUUGAUGUUCAUUUAAAGAUCAUGACUUAUGAUUUAAAUGGUAAAUUACACAUGUAUGUUUUUUAUUCUUUUAAAGGAAAAUUGUAUAUUGAUCUAGUUGUUGCUUCU